GCGUGGGGCCAUGUCGCGGCCGUCGCGCGCGCUCCCGGCCCAGCCGCCCCCGGCGGCAGCGGUGCGGGCGCUGCGGCGCGCGGCGCGGUUCGUGCGGCGCGCGCUGCCGCUGUGCCGCGCGCACACCGUGGAGUUCUUCACGCGCGGGCUCUGGCAGCGGCUCGUGGCGCCGCGCCCCGACGCCGUGCUCGAGGCGCUGCGCGCGGCCGGGCCGCUGGCGCGACCCCUGGCGGCGGGCUCGGGCGGCGCGGCGGCUCCGUGCGAUGAUGACAUCUUUUCCAGUGCAUUUUGUGAGAACUCUGAGAAGCUUGUCGAUGUACAUUUGUUUGCCCUGGCUGCUAAGUAUUAUUCUUUGUCCAACCUUGGAGUGUGCACCCCAUUAGAAGAUGUGCUUGAAGCACUGAAAGGAGACAGUGAAGGAGCAACAGGUAUCAAACCAGAUGAGUUUAUGAAUAAUAAGAAAUCACAUGAAGUGCAGGUGAUGUCAGAGCUGGUAGACAGCAUAGCAAAUUAUUGUGGAAUAAAGCAGGUGAUUGAUAUAGGUUCUGGGAAAGGCUACCUGAGUUCGUUCUUGUCCAUGCAAUAUAACUUAAAGGUUUAUGGCAUUGACUCCUCAAGCUCCAACACAAAUGGUGCUCAUGAAAGAAACAGAAAAUUGAAGAAGCACUGGAGAGCAUAUCAGAGUCGAGGAAAAGAAAGCCUCAAAAGACAGAGUUUGGAAAUGGCAAAUGACAGGCCAGUGGAAAAUGAAAUUAAUUGCAAAACAAUCAGUGAAGAGCUCUUGAAUAAUGCCAAUAGUCUUCAAAAUCAGGACCAAGUGAUUAUCCAAGAUUUAGUUCCUUCUUGUGGUUUCACAGAAUUGGCUACACUCGAAACCAGCAGAGAAACUGAUUUAGUGACUGGGACACAAUCUCAUGAGACCAAACUUUCUGAAGAGGUUCUUGAUAUUCUAAAUGUUCUUCCUGUUGAUGCUGUAGAAGAUUUUUCUUCAUCUCAUUGUAACUGUGGGGAACUCUGUGAAGAGGAAAAAGUACAAAGAAAAAUGACAUCUCUCAAGACUAGAGCGAGAAAGUCAAGUGAAUCGAACCUGUAUUUUCCAUUGACGUCUUGCAUCACUGCAGAAACAGAACUCAAUGACAUCAUAACAGAUAUGGAGGACUGUAUGAUGGUGGGUCUUCAUACGUGUGGAGAUCUUGCUGCAAAUACGCUACGAAUUUUUACUGCCAAGCCUGAAAUCAAAGCCGUUUGCAGUGUGGGCUGCUGCUACCAUCUGUUGUCAGAACAGUUUGAAAACCCAGAAGAAUGCCAGGACCAAGUCUGGGGAUUUCCCAUGUGUCAGUACUUGAAGGACAAAGGCUGGUGCUGUGGUCGCAAUGCUAGGAUGUCAGCAUGCUUGGCUUUGGAGAGAGUUGCAGUUGGCCAAAUGCUGCCUACAGAAUCAUUGUUUUAUCGAGCUGUUCUUCAGGUUAUUAUAGAAGAAAUUUAUGGUGUCACCAAAAGUGAUCGACAUGUUGGAAAAACCUUCUCCAAAUCAUCCUCCUUCAUAGAUUAUGUCAGACGGUCUCUGAAAAAGCUGGAACUGGAUGAUUCAAAGCUCCCAGACAGCUGUAUAAUGGAUUACUAUGAAAAGUACAAGCACAGAAUGAAUGAGCUUGAAGCAUUUAAUAUGUUGAAGGUUGUUCUGGCUCCUUGCAUAGAAGUUUUGAUACUUCUGGAUCGUCUUUGCUACCUGAAGGAGCAGGAAAACAUUGCCUGGUCUGGACUUGUGAAGUUAUUUGAUCCUGUGAAGUCCCCGAGAUGCUAUGCAGUUAUUGCUCUGAAGAACCAGUCAUGUUCUUAAGUGGAAGCAAAUUGCAAAGAGGUUGAAAAUUCUGAACUGAUAGUGCUGUUUCCUCCCUUUUAUUCUGUUAUUUUAAUUGAUUCCUCAAGUACAAUGUUUGCUUUUCAGAUGCAAAAGAAAAAAGUGCAGUGCUUCUUUGAAUCUUCAGAAAUAAAUAUCUUCUUUAUAAAUA